UUCUUCUAUUAUGGUAGAAACUAAUAACAUUUGUGAAGUGGUAUUGAAGUUAAUAAUUUAUCAUGUCAUUACUUUUUGGUCAACAUUUUACUGAAAAAUUAAUAAUAACAUUUUUAUUUAUUAUAUUAUGUAAAUUAAAACAAUACUAUAUUAACAUAGAUAUUAUAAGUAAUAAAAAUGUUUUGACUAAUAAAUAUAUAUGUCUUGACUUAUAAAUAAAAAAAAUAUAUAAGCAGAAUAUAUUUAUUGCCAAUUGAAUUCCAAUGUGACUAUAACGUCGUCGAUUAAAACUGAAGCUUAAAAAGUCCAACUUAACUUUUAUUAUGUACUUGUAAUUUUGUAUUAAUAUUUUUUAAUAAAUUUAUUUUUAAAAUAACCCCUGAACAAUAAUUGGUAGGAAAUAUAUAUAUUGGAAACAUUAUUUGAAAUCUGUAUGGCAACACCGAUGCCUGCAGUAAUUAUUUGUAUGUAUUUCUGAGCGCCAUUGCUUUUUACCGAUGUAAUGUUGAAAUGAUUUUAAUCUAUUUUCAUCGUCAAAUCUGUGUGAUGUUUUAGCAAAACAUUGAGGUGAUUGUGUACUAAAACUAUUGAACUUCUUAAAGUUUUGUGCUGGGCUUUGUCAUGGCCGGUAAUGGUGGUGAGACGACAUGGUGUUUCAGUCAGGUGAAAGGUACUCUCGAGGAUGAUGUAACAGAGGCAGACCUGAUAUCCUGUGUGGAGUUUAACCACGAUGGAGAACUCUUGGCCACUGGUGAUAAGGGUGGAAGGGUUGUUAUAUUUCAGAGAGAUCCAGCUUCUAAGCAAUGUGUGCCCAAGAAGGGCGAAUACAACGUCUACUCUACGUUUCAAUCACAUGAACCUGAAUUUGAUUACCUGAAGUCAUUAGAGAUUGAGGAGAAAAUCAAUAAAAUUAGAUGGCUCAAGCGCAAGAAUCAGGCCCACUUCCUACUGUCCACCAAUGAUAAGACUAUCAAAUUAUGGAAGGUGUCGGAGAGGGACAAGCGCGUGACGGGAUACAACACGCGCGAGGAGGGGGGGCGGCCUAGAGACCCGGCGAGAAUCACGCAGCUGCGCGUACCCACAGUACGGCCCGCUGAACUCAUGGUCGAGGCAUCGCCGCGGCGAAUAUUCGCGAAUGCGCACACUUAUCAUAUAAACUCGAUCUCGCUUAACUCGGACCAGGAGACUUACUUGUCGGCCGACGAUCUCCGCAUCAACCUCUGGCACCUAGAGAUCACCGAUCAGAGUUUCAACAUAGUUGACAUCAAGCCGGCCAACAUGGAGGAACUCACUGAGGUUAUUACCGCGGCGGAAUUCCACCCGACUGAAUGUAAUCUCUUUGUAUAUUCUAGUAGUAAGGGUACGAUAAGGUUAUGCGAUAUGCGCGCGGCGGCGCUCUGUGAUCGGCACGCGAAACUGUUCGAGGAGCCGGAGGAUCCACAUGCUAGAUCGUUCUUCUCCGAGAUCAUCUCGUCCAUCAGCGACGUUAAGCUUAGCAACUCUGGCAGAUAUAUGAUGUCAAGAGAUUAUUUAGGUUUAAAAGUAUGGGAUUUAAGGAUGGAAACAAAACCUGUAGAAACAUAUCCGGUUCACGAGUACUUGCGCUCCAAGCUCUGUUCCUUAUACGAGAAUGAUUGUAUUUUCGAUAAGUUCGAAUGCUGUUGGAGUGGUGACGAUCAGCGACUGAUGACCGGAUCGUACAACGGAUUCUUUAGAGUGUUCGAGCGCGGCGUGGGCGGCGUGGGCGGUGUGGGCGGCGUGGGCGGGCGGCGCUCCGAGCUCACCCUGGAGGCGUCACGUGAGGCGGCCGCGCGGCCUCGGCAGCCGCUGCGCGCCAGGCGGGUCGCCGCCACCGCCAAGAGGAAGAAGGGAACGUUUGUUAUAGUGUAUAAUUUGGGGUGGUUGUGUUUGGAACUGAUCCCAACUCAAGUCUUAAUUUUGUUGAGACUGUGCCCAAGAGGGCACGGUUUCCGCAUUGUCCCCAUUCCUCUUUGCUUUUCGCCGAAAUGCUUUUGGGCAAAUACAAUAAAUGAUGAUGUCUAUUUGUCAACAGGACGAAAUCAGCGUAGACUGUCUCGAUUUCAACAAGAAGAUAUUGCACACCGCGUGGCAUCCGCACGAGAGCAUCAUCGCAGUAGCAGCCACCAACAAUCUGUUCAUAUUCCAGGACAAGUUCUAGCGCGAGCCGUAGCACCGGCCCGUAGCUGCGGCUACUGCUACGGCCACUACGUCAUAUCGCGUCACCGAAUCGUAACGCUUCCUAACUCAAGUGGCGUACGUACAAACAUAAACCUCUUUUUAUUUGAACUGCAGCCGUAG